AUAUAUUUUUUGCCUUUUUCGGCUGCAAAGUCAGUUUUGUUUGUCGCAGUUAUAUAUUUUUUCAGCCUGGGAAAGAAAUCAUGAAAACUGUUUUGUCCGUGAUUGCUUUCUGCGUCUUCCUGGGGUUCAUAAACGCAAAAGAAUCUCCCCCCAAGGUGCAGGUGUACAGCCGUAACCCAGGGCAACAUGGGAAGGACAACACCCUGAUCUGUCACGUGAGUGGCUUCCACCCCCCUGACAUCAGCAUCCAGCUCCUGAAGAACGGCGUGGAGAUCCCCGACGCCAAGCAGACAGACCUGGCCUUCGAACAGGGAUGGCAGUUCCACCUCACCAAGAGUGUUGGAUUCACACCAGCCAGCGGAGAGGUGUACACCUGCAGAGUCCGUCACCUGAAGAAUCUGAAGACCUACACCUGGGGUGAGUUACUAGUGUAG